AUGAUCAGAGACAUCACGAUGGCAUACACACAAUCCCAGACCAAGCUGGCCCGUGUCAUCCUUGCAGCCCUUCCUCAAGAACUCAAAAGAAGAUAUCCAGAGGGAACAAUCCUGCGAAUCGUGAAGCCGCUAUAUGGCAUCGCAGAGGCAGGAGCCCACUGGUUCAACACAUAUCACGACCAUCACUGCCGCAAGCUUAAUAUGGAAACCUCUUCGUUUGACCCGUGCCUUCUGAUCACGGCAAACAACAUCGCCGACAAGGACCUGUUUGGCAUCGCGGCCUUGCAAACGGAUGACACAUUCAUUGUUGGCACAGAUGCAUUUCUCAAGAUCGAGGAGAAAGAACUCUGCUUUAAGGCCAAGCCAAAGAGAUUCUCCAAGAAGGUUCCAUCUGCGACUUUAACGGCAGCCGCCUGA